CCUCGCGCAGCACCCUCAACCCUCAGCACSCGCCGACCCUGCUCCUGUGUCGGAGCAUGCACGCCUCCCGCACGGGGGGAGAAUCGCCCGCGAGAACGGACGCGUCUUUUUGCGCACGGUAGCCGCAUCUUCGUCCUGCCCGCCGCCGGUCCUGGAUUGUUCCGUUUGAUGCGUGCGGUGAGAUGUUGAACUGGAGCGGUCCAAGCCAGUCGUCUCCUCCACCAUCAGCAGCAGCUCUCUCUCUCUCCCUCCCGCGCGCUCUCAUCUCCCUCUGUGAAGAAUCCAGCGGCUUGUCCGGAUAGAACAGAAAAGUAUGCAAUAAACAAGUCGCCAAAGGACUGGAGAAGGGGGGAUUGGGAGAGAAAAAAAAAGUUGAACGAGGAGGACUGAUGCAGUGAGAGCUGCGCGUGGAGCCGCGRACAGGUGACAAGAAGUGGUUGACAUUGACGAGGUCUCUUCAUCACCCCUCUCUGCCGUUUCCAGCCUGUCCAUCAUCAGUCAUCUCCAAUCAUCACCCAGCUCCAUCAUGGACCUAAAGGACCGUAGGCACCGCUCUCUGACGAGGAGUCGUUGCUCCAAAGACUCUCAGUACAACACCUCCUCCCUCGAUGCAGAUGAGUGUCGUGUGCCAACGCAGAAGUCGUACAGCUCCAGUGAGACGCUCAAGGCCUUUGAUCACGAGCAGAGGCUUCACUAUGGCGGCUGCGUUACUGACCUGGUGCACCAUGAGGCUGAUGAGUACUCCAGGCAAGGGGGUAACUUCACCCUGGCGGAGUUGGGAGUGUGCGAGCAAACUCCCCCUCCGCAUCCCGCUGCUGUUCCCUAUUGUCCCGACCUGGGCCUCCUCCAGAGAGGGUACUCCCUCAGUGCCGGCUCAGACGCCGACUCAGACCCGGAGGGGCCCUUGUCGCCGGAGCGGGCCAUCCAGCUGUGGGCCGGACGUGCGGGGGUCAAAUCUCGCCGCAGCUCCGGAGUGUCCAGUCGUGAGAACUCAGCCCUCACCCUCACCGACUCCGAGAAYGACAACAAGUCUGAUGAUGAGUCAGGUCGCCCACUCCCUCCGACCUCCUCCUCCACCUUGCUCCCACCAUCCCUCCCGUCCUCCUCGUCGGCCCCCCACCACCCCUCCCCCGGCCCGUCUCCGCUCAUUAGGGAAUGCCAGGUGCCCCUGCUGGAGAAAAACUCCACCCACUCUCACCUGGAGCCCCACCGAGAUGAUUCGUACUUGCUCCGAGCUCAGCCCUCCUCCACGGGGCCUGCAAACCACAGUCAGUCCACACUACAGCCUCCGCUGCCCCCUCCACACAACCACCACAACUUGUCCCAUCAGUCGGCCAACAGCCUGAACAGGAACACCCUGAGAGGGGGGCGCAACCCCAUCCACGCCCCGGCUCCUGGUACUGGAGAUGGACCCACCACACCGGAGUCGGUGCAGUUACAGGACAGCUGGGUGCUCAACAGCAACGUCCCGCUAGAGACCAGACACUUCUUGUUCAAGACGUCGUCAGGGACCACGCCUCUCUUCAGUAGCUCUUCGCCCGGCUACCCCCUGACGUCCGGGACGGUGUAUUCUCCGCCCCCUCGCCUGCUACCCAGAAACACUUUCUCUCGCUCAGCGUUCAAGCUCAAGAAGCCGUCCAAAUACUGCAGCUGGAAAUGUGCCGCAGUGACAGCAAUCGCUGCUGCCGCCCUGCUCGCYRUCCUACUGUCCUACUUCAUCGCAAUCAACCUGCUGGGUCUGACGUGGCAGCUGAAGCCCUCUGAYGGGCCCCUGUUAAACAACGGACUUGGAGCUGGUCUGCCUGUCAACAGUGAUGUGGCCACACUGCCCUCUGGAGGCAGAGGUCCCUGGGCAGGCCGGAACAGUAGCAUAGACAGCGGCAACAUUGAGGUGGGGAGGCGGGUGACCCAGGACGUCCCUGCAGGAGUGUUUUGGAGAUCCCUGCUCUAUCUUGGCCAGCCUCAAUUCCUCAAAUUCAACAUCUCCCUCGGCAAGGACGCUCUGUUCGGAGUUUACAUUCGCAAGGGCCUGCCUCCGUCACACGCACAGUAUGAUUACAUGGAGCGCCUCGAUGGGAAGGAGAAGUGGAGCGUGGUGGAGUCUCCGCGGGAGAGGAGGAGCAUCCAGACCGUGGUCCUCAAUGAGGCGGUGUUUGUCCAGUACCUGGACGCUGGUGCCUGGCACCUGGCCUUCUACAACGACGGUCGUGAGAGGGAGACCGUUUCCUUCAGCACCAACGUCAUGGAUUCAGUGCAAGAGUGCCCGCGCAAUUGCCAUGGCAACGGAGAGUGUAAUUCUGGUGUGUGCCACUGCUUCCCGGGAUUCCACGGCAUGGACUGCUCCAAAGCCGCUUGCCCUGUGCUGUGCAGCGGCAACGGCCAGUACGACAAAGGCUCCUGCGUGUGUUACAGCGGCUGGAAAGGCCCCGAGUGCGAUAUCCCAGCCACACAAUGCAUAGACCCGCUCUGCAGCGGCCAUGGCACCUGCACUGAUGGAAACUGUGUGUGCUCCAUUGGCUACAAAGGACAAAACUGCGCAGAGGUGGACUGCCUGGACCCACUGUGCUCCAACAAUGGCAUCUGUGUGAACGGGGAGUGCCACUGUAAGCCCGGAUGGGGUGGGCUCCACUGUGAGCUCCCCAGAGCCCAGUGCCCGGACCAGUGCCACGGCCACGGCGCCUUCAUACCAGACACCGGCCUGUGCAGCUGCGAUCCCAACUGGAUGGGGCCCGACUGCUCCAUGGAGGUGUGCUCGGUCGACUGCGGAACCCACGGGGUGUGUAUGGGCGGAGCCUGCCGCUGCGAGGAAGGCUGGACGGGCGCAGCCUGCGACCAGCGCGUGUGCAAUCCGCUCUGCAUCAAACACGGGACCUGCAAGGACGGCAAGUGCCAGUGCCACCAGGGCUGGAACGGAGAGCACUGCACCAUUGACGGCUGUCCUAACUUGUGCAACGGGAACGGCCAGUGCACCAUGGGUCAGCAGAGUUGGCACUGUGAAUGUCAGACGGGCUGGAGGGGCCCUGGAUGCAGUGUUGCCAUGGAGACUUCCUGUGCAGACAACAAGGACAACGAAGGAGAUGGACUGACAGACUGCAUGGACCCAGACUGCUGYAUUCAGAGUCCCUGUCAAAACAGUCCCCUGUGCAAGGGCUCCAGGGACCCUCUGCAAGUCAUCCAGCAGAACCCCAUGUCCCAGCCCAAAGUUCGAUCCUUCUACGACCGUGUCAAGAUGCUCGUGGGGCGGGACAGUACCCACAUCAUCCCUGGGGAAAGCCCGUUCAACUCCAGCCUGGCGUCACUUAUCCGGGGUCAGGUGUUGACCACAGAUGGAACCCCUCUGGUGGGGGUGAACGUGUCUUUUGUCAACUAUCCCCACUACGGAUACACGCUGACACGGCAGGAUGGAAUGUUUGACCUGAUAGCUAACGGUGGCGCAUCACUGACUCUGCGGUUCGAGCGUGCCCCCUUCCUGAGCCAGGAGCGCACCGUGUGGCUGCCCUGGAGCCAGUUUUAUGCUAUGGACACUCUGGUGCUUAAGACAGAAGAAAACACGAUCCCAGGCUGUGACCUGAGUGGCUUCGUCAGGCCUGACCCUCUUGUGAUUGCAUCCCCUCUCUCCUCCUUCUUCAGCUCCAAGCCAGGGGAGAAACCCAUCAUACCGGAGACACAGGUGCUGCAUGAGCAGAUCGAGGUGCCUGGCACGAGUCUAAAGCUGUGCUACCUAAGUUCGCGGACCCAGGGCUACCGCUCCCUUCUCAAGGUGACCAUGACUCCCGCUGUGGUGCCCAUGGGCCUGCUGAAGGUCCACCUGAUGGUGGCAGUGGAGGGCCACCUCUUCCAGAAGUGGUUCCACGCCUCCCCAAACCUGGCCUACACCUACAUCUGGGAUAAGACAGACGCAUACGGGCAGAGGGUCUACGGCCUCUCGGAAGCUGUUGUGUCGGUGGGUUACGAAUACGAGUCGUGUGCGAGUCUAAUCCUCUGGGAAAAGAGGACGACCAUUCUGCAGGGCUACGAAUUGGAUCCCACCAGUUUGGGCGGGUGGUCGCUCGACAAACACCACAUACUCAACACUCGCAGCGGCAUCCUUCACAAAGGCAGCGGUGAGAACGUCUUCGUGACGGAGCAGCCUCCGGUGAUCACGAGCAUCAUGGGAAAUGGGCGCAGGCGCAGCAUUUCAUGCCCAAGCUGCAACGGCCUUGCAGACGGAAACAAGCUGCUGGCGCCGGUUGCACUGGCGAUGGGCAUCGAUGGAAGCCUUUACGUUGGUGACCUCAACUUUGUACGCCGGGUCUACCCCUCCAUGAACACAACGGGCAUCCUGGAGUUAAGGAACAAAGAUUUCAGGCACAGUAAUAAUCCAACCCAUAAGUACUUCCUAGCAGUAGAUCCAGUAUCUGGAGCUUUGUUCAUCUCGGACACCAACUCCCGGCGAAUUUACCGAGUCCGCUCGCUGACGGGCGGCCGGCUGUUGUCGGACAACGCUGAGGUGGUGGCGGGAACCGGGGAGCAGUGCUUACCCUUUGACGAGCGCUGCGGUGAUGGAGGGAAAGCCACUGAAGCGACACUUAUGAGCCCCAAAGGUAUAGCAGUGGAUAAAAAUGGCCUGAUGUAUUUCGUGGAUGCCACCAUGAUCCGCAAGGUGGACCAGAAUGGCAUCAUCUCCACUUUGCUGGGCGCCAACGACCUGACRGCCGUCCGACCGCUGAGCUGUGACACCAGCAUGGACGUCAGCCAGGUGCGUCUUGAGUGGCCCACGGACUUGGCAGUGAACCCCAUGGACAACUCUCUCUACGUCCUGGAAAACAAUGUCAUCUUACGCAUCACUGAGAACCACCAGGUGAGCAUUAUAGCGGGUCGGCCCAUGCAUUGUCAGGUCCCAGGCAUCGACUACAGCCUCAGUAAGCUGGCUAUACACGCAGCCCUGGAGAGCGCCACCGCCAUCGCCCUGUCCCACACCGGCACCCUCUACAUUGCCGAGACGGAUGAGAAAAAGAUUAAUCGAGUCAGACAGGUGAGCACGAAUGGCGAAAUCUCGCUACUGGCUGGCACGGCGUCCGACUGCGACUGCAAGAACGACGUSAACUGCAACUGCUUCUACGGGGACGACGGCUACGCCCCCGACGCCGGCUUGAACUCCCCGACCUCCCUGUCCGUGUCCCCCGACGGCGCGCUUUUCAUCGCCGACCUCAACAACAUUCGCAUCAGGGCGGUGCGGGCGAACCGGCCGGGCCCCGCCCUCUCGAGCGUGGGGUUCGCGGGGUCGGCGCAGUACGAGGUGGCGUCGCCCAGAGAGCAGGAGCUGUAUGUUUUCAACGGGGAGGGGCUUCACGUCCAGACGGUCAGCUUAGUGACGGGGGAGCCUCUGUACAACUUCACCUACGGCCCCGACGGAGAGCUGGCCAUGCUGGUGGACAACUGCAACAACACCGUCAAAGUGAGGAGAGACAGCUUAGGUCAGGGAGGUGGGGCCGGCCUCCUCAGGCUGGUGCUGCUGCCCGAGAACCAGGUGGUGACACUUGGGCUGGACCCAACUGGGGGGCUGCGCAGCGUGUCUGCCAUGGGUCAGGAGGUGGCUCUGAUGGGCUACAACGGGAACACGGGCCUCCUGGCGACCAAAGCUGACGAGACUGGGUGGACCACAUUUUAUCAGUACGACAGCGAGGGUCGCCUGACCAACGUGACGUACCCAACGGGCAUGGUGACGAGCCUCCACCGCGAGAUCGAGCGCUCCAUCAACAUCGACAUCGAGAGCUCGAGCAGAGACGACGACGUGACCGUCAUCACCAACCUGUCGUCGGUCGAAGCGUCGUACACGGUGGUGCAAGAUCAGGUGAGAAACAGCUAUCAACUGUGCAACAACGGCACUCUGAGAGUCAUGUACGCCAACGGAAUGGGCAUCAGCUUCCACACGGAGCCGCACAUCCUGGCAGGCUCUGUCAGUCCCACAAUCGGUCGGAGGAACAUCACUCUGCCCACGGACAACGGCCUCAACUCCAUCGAGUGGCGUCUGCGCAAAGAGCAAACCAAGGGCAAGAUCACUGUGUUUGGCAGGAAGCUGAGGGCUCACGGCCGCAACCUUCUCUCCAUCGAUUUUGAUCGCAACACCCGAACGGAGAAGAUUUACGACGAUCACCGCAAGUUCUUGCUGCGCAUCAUGUACGACACCCAGGGCCGACCGGCUAUGUGGCUGCCCAGCAGCAGCCUGGCAGUGGUCAACGUCUCGUACUCAGCCACCGGACAGCUGGUCGGGCUGCAGCGAGGGAGCAUGAGCGAGAAGACGGAGUUUGACUCCCAGGGUCGCAUUCUGUCCCGUUCCUUCGUGGACGGGAAGGUGUGGAGCUACAGCUACCUUGAUAAGUCUAUGGUGCUGCUCCUGCAGAGCCAGAGGCAGUACGUCUUUGAGUUUGAUGCCUCAGGUCGGGUCACAGCCGUCACCAUGCCCAGCGUCGCUCGCCACACAAUGUUCACACACGUGUCCGUCGGCUACAUUCGCAAUACGUACAACCCUCCUGAGAGCAACGCCUCCGUCAUCCACGACUUCAGCGAGGAUGGCAGACCUCAGGCCUCGCACUACCUGGGCACGGGCCGCCGGGUCCUUUACAAAUACGGCAAGCUGACGAAACUGUCAGAGAUCRUCUACGACAGCACGGUCGUGACUUUCGGAUAUGACGAGACAGCCGGCGUGCUGAAGAUGGUAACCCUGCAGAGCGGGGGCUUCUCCUGCACCAUCCGCUAUCGGAAAAUGGGGCCGCUCAUCGACAAGCAGAUCUACCGCUUCAGCGAAGAGGGGAUGGUCAACGCCAGGUUUGAUUACACCUACCACGACAACAGCUUCCGCAUCGCCAGCAUGAAGCCGGUCAUCAGUGAGACGCCGUUGCCUGUCGACCUCUAUCGAUAUGAUGAGAUCUCUGGAAAGGUGGAGCACUUUGGAAAAUUUGGGGUCAUCUAUUAUGACAUCAAUCAAAUCAUCACCACAGCUGUAAUGACACUGAGUAAGCAUUUCGACACCCAUGGCCGCAUCAAGGAGGUCCAGUAUGAGAUUUUCCGUUCGCUCAUGUACUGGAUGACAGUGCAGUACGACAGCAUGGGACGGGUGGUGAAGAGGGAGCUGAAGAUUGGGCCGUAUGCCAACACCACUCAGUACCGCUAUGAUUAUGAUGGAGAUGGACAGCUCAGCGGAGUCAAGGUUAACGACUGGUCUACUUGGCGCUAUAGCUACGACCUAAACGGAAACCUCCACCUGCUGAAUCCUGGGAAUAGUGCUCGGAUCUUGCCCCUCCGCUACGACCUCAGGGACCGCAUUACCCGCCUGGGCGAUGUCCAGUAUCGCCUGGACGAGGACGGCUUCCUCAGCCAACGUGGUUCCGACGUCUUUGACUACAACUCCAAAGGUCAGCUCCUCCGGGCCUACAACAGAGGCCCCGGAGGCUGGAGCGUGGUCUACCACUACGAUGGGCUUGGCCGCAGAGUGUCCACAAGGAACAGCCUGGGUCAGCACCUUCAGUUCUUCUAUGCCGACCUCAACCAUCCGACCAGAGUGACGCACAUCUUUAAUCACUCCAGCUCCGACAUCUCGUCACUGUACUAUGACCUACAGGGUCACUUGUUUGCGAUGGAGGUGAGCAGCGGGGAGGAAUACUACAUCGCUUCUGACAACACAGGCACACCACUCGCAGUCUUCAGCAGCAACGGACAGAUGAUCAAACAGGUUCAGUACACGGCCUACGGUGAAGUGUACCUCGACUCCAACCCAGAGUUCCAGCUGGUUGUAGGUUUCCAUGGUGGUCUUUACGACCCCUUGACCAAGCUGGUCCACUUCACCCAACGGGACUACGACGUCCUGGCUGGACGGUGGACCUCGCCCGACUACAGCAUGUGGCCCAAGAUUGGAAAGGACUUGUCUCCGUUCAAUCUGUACAUGUUCAAGAACAACAACCCACUCAGCGACAUGUUAGACGUCAAAAACUACGUCACAGACGUGAAGAGCUGGCUGGUGAUGUUUGGCUUCCAGCUCAGCAACAUAAUCCCAGGAUUCCCUCGGCACUCGCUCUACUUUGUGGAGCCGCCGUACGAGCUGCAGGCCACCCAGCACUGUGAAAACGGACAGCUCAUCACUGGUGUACAGCAGGCAGCGGAGCGCCACAACCAGGCCUUCAUGGCCCUCGAGGGCCGUCUGCUCAACAAGGAGCGCCGCAGACGCAAAGACAAACCCGGCCAUUGGUUCGGCACCAGCACCCCCAUUAUAGGCCGAGGAGUAAUGUUGGCGCUGAAGGAGGGCCGAGUGGUGGCCGGCGUGUCGCCGCUGGCCAGCGACGACAGCCGCAAAAUAGCUCUCGUGCUCAAUGGUGCUCAGUACCUGGAAGGCACUCAUUACACUCAGGAUGGGAAGGAUUGUCACUACUUUGUGAAAGUAGGCUCGGCCGACAGCGACCUGUUGGCACUGGGGCUUACGAACGGGAGAAAAUCACUGGAGAGCGGCAUCAACGUGACAGUGAGCGGCCGGUCGAGGAGAGGCGUGACUGUGGAGUUCGCGGUCCCAUCGUUAGUGCUGAGCGUUCGCUACGGGCUCGCCGCGGAUGUGGUGGACGAGGAGAAGGUAAGACUGUUGGAGCUGGCCAGGCAACGGGCCCUGGCGGGGGCCUGGGCCAAGGAGCAGCAGCGUGCGAGGGAUGGGAAGGGAGGCAGUCGCCUGUGGACUGAAGGGGAGAGGCAGCAGCUCCUAACGACAGGCAGAGUACAGGGCUACGAUGGCUACUACGUACUUCCUGUAGAGCAGUACCCAGAACUGGCAGACAGCAGCAACAACAUCCAGUUUCUCCGACAGAAUGAGAUGGGCAGGAGGUAACAGCCCACAUGAACUCCCCUCCCCCCCUCUUUCCCACUUUAACAUCUCGGAAAUUAUGUCCCAUUUCCCACCCAGCCUCCUUAACCUCCCGAAAAACCUACAGAGAAUUAACCAACAAACGGGGUUACUCACGGAACGCUGCAGGGACUUUUCAAAAGAAUGACUUCUCUUAAAAAAAAAAACAUAUUAAUUUUACUGCCACAGGCAAAAAAGUCAAAUGUUUUUUUUUUUUUUUUUUUUUUUUUUUUUUUUUUUGAAAAACUGAAAAAAGCACUGAAGAACUUUUAAGAACUGUUGCUUAACAAAUAAGAAGAUUCCCCUUUUUAAAAAAGAGAGUGAUAUUUUCACCCAUAUUUUUUGGGUUCCACUGAAAGCGACCAGCUGAACGGUGUGGAGAAAGGUGUGGAUGUGGAGGCUGCCUCUGCCGUCGGGGCUCGUCUGUCUCUAAUAAAUAAAUUAAUUAAUUAAUUAACUGAAGGUGAAAAAGAAGGGACCAAAGCGGAGACCGAGCCACUCCACAGUGCAGCGCCAUCACCACCGAGCAUCAGCGGCAGAUAUCGUGAACAGUAACUUACAAGACACCGUCUCCCUGUCUCAGGCCUCCCAUCGUCCACCACAGACCAGUCCAAGAAACACGCAAGAUUAACGGAAUCCUCCGGAGUCCGAGCCCGUGAUGAACUAACGGAGAGGGAAAGAAACACGGAGAUAUUUGUGGAGUCACUCAGCGUUGUUUAUCUGUCAGUGGGGAGAAGAAUCAUAUUACAUACGUGUCAGACUACACUAAACUUCAGGAUGUUGCGUAUACCGUAGAUGCCGUAGUUUUGUACGUUUCAGUCGCGGUAGAGUUGUGAGAUUUUUUUUUUCACGAAGGCACUUCUGUACAGAACGAUCAAAACACGCCCCUCUCACCCUCUGAGUCCGGCAAACAUGCUACUUUAGUAUUUAUUUUCCUUUAUUUAUUCUUAGUACUAUAUGACAAUCAUGAAUGAGUCACCAGUUCUAUUCGAAAUGAACAUUAAUGAAUGAGCUUAUUUUUUUUUCUUUUCCUUUUGUAACAUAUGUAAUAAAUGUUCCUUUUUUUGUAUUAAUUUCAGUUUGCUGACAGGGGGAAAAUAAUAGUCACCCACAGAAAAAGAGUAAUUUAUGUAAUGAGGUGUUUUAAAAGGCAGUUUAUACUUUAAAUAAAGUCUUUAAAACUGUGAAAUCUGUUUUUUCGAAGUAUAUUUCGAUGUACAGUGUAUAGAUUUACCUUUAUGCAGCACAGUAGAAUAUCGUUCAGAWUAUCAAGUUUUAUAUUUCUAAGAGGAAGUGGCUUGUAAUGUGCGAAACCUUUAGCUGCUCUUAUUACUCUAGARUUUUUGUGGCACUCGGAUACUCCAUUAUCUACGGUAUCAGUCCAAAGUUGGUUGUUUUUUUAUGUUUUUUUGUUUUGAUUUGUUUAUUGUUUGUUUAUUUGAAAGCAGAUAAAUUUUGUCCUAGAUCCCAACAGCAGUAGCAGUAAUGGAUCCCACUCACUGUGAGGAGACUCGUGCUGGAUGUCAUGUACCAAAUCAGUAUUAUUAUCAGAGGACGAUUCUUAUACAUUCACUGAAACGAGACUCUUCUGACAACCUUAUCAAUAAAACCUAAUUGUUUACUUCAACUGA